AGAUUCUUAAAUUUCUCUUCUAUAGCAGGUAUGGAAGCUGUUGGGGAGUUAAUAGUUGUGGGGGCUGGGUUGACUGGCCAAAAAAUUGGAGAUAGUGUGGUUUAUGCUGGUGAUUCUAUAGGCUCAUAUGCUGAAGAGCAAAUCCUCCCUGCCGAUGAAGUUGUUCCUGUUCCUCCUCCUGUUCUUCCUAUCAUUGCACUGGUGGAGUUGGAUCUCUAUUAUGGUAAUGGGCAAGUGCACUUGGCGGUACUGUUAUUGGAACUGUUUCAAUCAAAGAGAAGGCUGCUCGAGGAUGACGGAUGCCACCAUGUCAUUAUAUAAAAAGAAGAGGAUUUUGUUUCCCGUGUCCAAGGAAUAACAUCAGGAAAGGGUGUUGAUGUGGUCCAUGAUUCUGUAGGAAACAAACUUCCCAGGUAGUGGAUAUAUGCUACUUUAUUCACCUAACUACCUGCUCUGGUGAGAAUAGAAGAGUGUUCUGUGU